AUGGCUUACAUAGCCAAGUCUUUCUACGACCUCAGCGCUAUCAGCCUGGAUGGGGAGAAGGUAGAUUUCAAUACGUUCCGAGGCAGGGCAGUGCUGAUUGAGAAUGUGGCCUCGCUCUGAGGCACAACCACUCGGGACUUCACCCAGCUCAACGAGCUGCAAUGCCGCUUUCCCAGGCGCCUGGUGGUUCUUGGCUUCCCUUGCAAUCAAUUUGGACAUCAGGAGAACUGUCAGAAUGAGGAGAUCCUGAACAGUCUCAAGUAUGUGCGCCCUGGGGGUGGAUUCCAGCCCACCUUUACCCUUGUCCAAAAGUGUGAGGUGAAUGGUCAGAACGAGCAUCCCGUCUUCGCCUACCUGAAGGACAAGCUCCCCUACCCGUAUGAUGACCCAUUUUUCCUCAUGACCGAUCCCAAGUUCAUCAUUUGGAGCCCGGUACGCCGCUCAGAUGUGGCCUGGAACUUUGAGAAGUUCCUUAUUGGGCCGGAAGGGGAGCCCUUCCGCCGCUACAGUCGCACCUUCCCUACCAUCAACAUUGAGCCUGACAUCAAGCGCCUCCUCAAAGUUGCCAUAUAGACACAAGCUUCUCAGCACACAGACCUAUUCCAUCCAGCCCUUAGGUAUCUUUCCUUAGGAUUCAGAAUGCCCUCAGGAGAUACUGCUGGACCAAAGCUUUCCCUUGGGAUCAGCCCCUUUCAUUGAAGAGCCUUGCCUUUCCGGUCUGCCUAUCUCCCUUCCCUCCCCCCAACCUUCUGGUUGGUGAUUCUACUUGGAGCUCAAGACUUGGGUGGA